CGACAAGUACAAGCGAUUUUUUCCGUCCUGAUUCAAAAAGAGUUGGUCGACGACAGGAAGAGGGCUGUUGCUGGAUAUAUCAUGUGCGUGGCGGUUUCUUCUGGAAUCGGUCUCUUACACGAGCUUGUGUCCGCGUAUACGAGGCACCGGUGAGCUCGCUGGAGUGACCCUGUAUUUUCGAUCGCCAUGCGCUCCGUGUUGCCUCACAUUCCACUCUUUUUUAGGUCCUCAUUGCCUGUGCACCAGAACAGUGACUGCGAAACCUUCUUUGCACAACUGUUAACAGCAUUUCAGGUGUACGUGCGGAGAGGCGCGUCUGUGGAGUCAGCUGUAUCUCCACCUUUAGAAUCGGCGACCACAAAGACGAAUGCUGAAAUGUCUGCUCUCUCUGCUACGGAUUAGGUUGUAAUUCGACUCCUCUGCUUCGUUGGCGUAUUCCGGGUCAGUUCUGCAACGACGGACAGAACCUUUUGUCGAAAAUUUAACGAAGGAGCUGGGGUGGCACUCAACGCGGGAGAUAGCGGCAUAUCGGUAUGUCUUGCGUUGUGGCUUUGAGUUUUCCACAGCAAACGCCUGUCUUCUGAUGUCAAAGAAACCCACCAUAUAAAGUUCAAAUUGUGGAAGAAGUUGUGAAGACCGAAACUGGAACGAUCCACAAUUUUUAAAAACAGAGCUCGGAGUCGUCCAGCACAAAGGAGGGCGGGUGGGCUCUUCUGGAUGUGCCAGCCCUCAGCUGCGCUAUCACCGGUACAGGCUUUGUUCAGACACUCUUUUCCUGUGCCCGGAGCCGUUGGGUCACCAAGCCCCUGAUGGUUUCUCUGGUGGAACACAAUGGCAGCAUUUAGCGCGGCCCUCGCAGCGACGAGGUCAUCGUCCCCAUCCGUUGGACCUGUCAGUAGUGCAGCUGGAAGAGACGGAUUUUGCGCUCCUUACGAGAGUAGUACCACAUCGUCCCCUAUGCUUCCCGCCUCCAUUCCAACGAACAAAGAGCUUCUGAGUCUUCUUCUACAGCAGCAAGACUGGAAGGACGCCGCCGUGUUCCGGGCCCUGGAUGGCGCAAUCCUUGCUUCGACAUUUCCUCUGACGGUAGAAGAAACUCAAGGUAUCGCGGCUAUCUUCGAUUCCGACCGCUUCACAGCAGUGGGGAAGGGCAUUCUGCUCCAAGGGGAGCGAUACGAAGUUUUCUGUUUCCACCCACCGCUUAUCUACGGUCGCCGCGGUAGUGGAGCAAACAGCGAAGGCAUUGCUCUGGUCAGGGGCGUAGGGCCGGACGCAGAGUCGCUUAUCGUCAUGGCAACGUACAGUCCGCCAAUGGUCAGCGCGUGCGUCGUCCCUCAGCUUACCACUUUCUUCAGAGCUUACCUUGGAUUGAUUCCGCCAAUCGCCGUUCCUCCCCUUUAUGAGAAAUUUCGGAAACAUUAGCAUCUUCAAGGCCAAGCAAACCGGGAUGUCUUCUGAACUGUGCCUUUGCGGCGAUUGUAACACUGCUCUGAGUUUUUUGGAUGCUACAUCUUGGAGUCACGACUCCCAUUUUCCCGAAGAAAGUCAAAAAUAAAUCCCGGCGCCUUGCCUGCGACCGAGGCAACGACGUCUUUCAGAAUGUACAACAAUGUUGCAAGGGAAUGCGGCACAGCCGUUUUUUGUAUACCUGUGGCAUUUCCACACACGUACGUUUUACCUGCACUUUGCUUCUGGAAAGUACCGCAUCUGCGAAUGUAUAAAAAGGGCGCAUGCACCACUCGAAGUCACGACAGCAGACGGAAGGAAACUAGACCGGAAGAACGUUGCAGCCCUUAGGGGCAGUGAGGGGACAAAGCAUCAACAUGUUUCUCUUUUGCCUUUCAGACGUUGAGGAAAAUGUAUGUGCCGUGCUUAUUUUCAACAAUUUGCAGCAGUUUUUCACCGUGUUCCACGUUGUCGAAUGUCGCAUAUCCGAAUGUGCUGAUCGGGUGGGGUUGUCUUCGGGUAUCAAACAAAGAACACGUUAAAAAGGAAGUCACCAUAUACCGUCUUGGAACCCCUUGUCUUUUUGGAAUGUUGGUGUGGCGCACACGGAUGAUGUUGGCGCCGGGCUGUGGAUCCACCAGACUGGAAUGAGUCGUUGUCUGGUAGGUAUAAGUGGAGGCGCAAGAGCAUUCGCCUUGUCUUCACCGUGGGGUUUUUCAAGGAAUAGGUGUGCAUUCAACGAUUUCUGAGUGAGUGCAUCUUGCGUUCUGUCACCUGUUCGCUUUUUACGUUCUGUCAUUCUCUGACGAGAAAAGAGUUUAUAGUGUUGUUGAUGCAGAAGGUCACUUGCACUAUACACGUGUUUACUGGUUUGUUUGACAUUUUCCCGGCUCCUCUACCAGGAUCCGGAAUUGCUUCGAUGAUUCGAAACCUUGUAAGAGGAGCUAUUUGAAUGUCUCGUGACUAUGAUUUCACGCAAGGGUCCAGGAAAAAGAAGAAAGCCGUCUCAUGUCAUUGUCAUCCCCUCACGAUGCCCGUAUAGGGUAAUGUACUCAUGGUGGAGAACGGCCGUGCUAUUUAAUAUGAAGGUUGGAACAGUAUCACGUGACCCAGCCACCGUCUAUAUAGGUCGCGCAUUGUCAGAAA